AUGUUUCACUCUCCUCACGUCGUCCUCCCCAUCCUUUUCCUUCCUCCUCCUCCUCCUCCUCCUCCUCCUCCUCCUCCUCCUCCUCCUCCUCCUCCUCCUCCUCCUCCUCCUCCUCCUCCUCCUCCUCCUCCUCCUCCUCCUCCUCCUCUCACUACCACACCUCCAAUAUCACCCGUCCCAUUCCCACCACACUGCGCUGGCCUCCAUGCGGGCUCCAUGCGUCCCUUCUGCCGCGGCCUGCCCGAGUCUCCUCUCCUCACGUGCCUGCGAGCCACGCCCGCUGCUGACACCCCCCGGGGUGAGGGCGAGGGUAGUGCUGCCCAGUGCGUGCAGCAGGAGGGGCAAGGCGAGGGCAGUGGGCGUGGGGAGGAGGGAGUGAGCGGAGAACAGGGAGGCAGUGGGGAGAAGAGUGCCAGUGCGGCACAGAGCAGUGGCAGCGGUUCCGGGCGAAUGUACCUUGAAGCCAUUCCGCCCUACACAGAUGCUGUGCAUCGAGCCGUUCUCAUGUUCAAUCAGGUGCUCCAGCACCCACCUGACCCAUGGCUUGUGCACACCGCUUGCACCCCUGGCAUUCCCCGCAUGGCCCUUGGCUUUGCUGUGUCGUUUCCUGGCUCAGGAGGGAGGGCGGCUACUGCUGCUGCCAUUCACCACGCUCUUCCAGUACCUGCAGGUGAGCUGCUCUUCCAGUACCUGCAGGUGAGCCGCUCUUCCAGUACCUGCAGCACUUGGCCUUUCACCUCCCAACUGCCAGCACUUGGCCUUUCACCUCCCAACUGCCAGCACUUGGCCUUUCACCUCCCGACUUAUCGCCUCCCUUUCUUUCCUCUUCCUUUCCGCUCCUCCCCUCCCCAGUUGCUUCGCCUGGUGGCAGAAGCCUUGAACCCCAUUGGUCCACGUGGCAUGGUCUACCUGGCAGCAGCAGUGUCUGACUUCUUUGUGCCCUGGCCCUCCAUGCACAUGCCACUCGCACCCACCCUGCACCCCGCAUACCUCUCUCCCACUCUCCACCAUCCCUCCCACUCUCCACCAUCCCUCCCACUCUCCACCAUCCGUCCCACAUCUCUCCCCCCUUCCUCCCCCUCUCACCAGGUGGAGCACACGAUCCAGUGGGGCGUGGGCCUCCUGGGCAUCCAUCUGGCGCGCGUGCCCAAGAUGACUUUGACAUGUCUCACAACCCACUCCCCGCCUCUCUUCCCUUCCUCACGCCAGGUGGAGCACAAGAUCCAGUCGGGUGCAGGCCCACUGGACAUCCACCUGGCGCGCGUGCCCAAGAUGAUUCCCCUCCUGCGCUCCCUCUGGUGCCCCUCCGCCCUCCUCGUCUCCUUCAAGCUGGAGACGGACAGCAGCAUUCUGCUCAGCAAGGCGCGCUCAGCCCUGCAGAAGAACCAGGUGCAUGCGGUGGUGGCCAAUGAGCUGCUGACACGUGGCAGUAAGGUGGUGCUGGUGACGGAAGAGGGGGAGGAGGUGAUAGAGCGGGGCGAGGGGGGGGUUGAGGGGAAGGGGGCAGUUGGAGAUGUGGAGGAGCCACUGGUGAAGCUGCUAGCAGCCAUGCACCACACGCACUGCCAGCGGGAUCGAUAG